GACCGGCAUAACCACAAUUCAGUGCGCGCUGCAAAACCAAGAUGGCUGCAUACACACAGGAAGAGCUUCAGGAAAACUCACAAAACAUCGCUUAAACAAACCGAAAGGGUUACUGCCAAUAGCUGUCACCUGAAUAUAAAAUGAAUUAUAGCCCAUUAUAAAGAUCUUACACCUACCAUGGCCCUUACAGAAGAGAGUACCUUCUACAUCCUAGCGCUAUGUGAUUAUGACCCUGUACAUGGUGGUGGCUCUAAAGUUGAAGAAUCCAUCAAUGAAGCUCCUAGUUCUGCAUUUCAGUUAUCAUUUACUUGUGGUCAGACAUUUGAGGUGGUGGGGAGUGAUAUCAUAAACUGGUGGCUUUAUGUCAAGGGGGUCAGUGGACAAGAUGAGGGAUAUAUACCUAGCGUUUGUUUCGCACCUCUCAGAAAAGAUAUUUCAGCUGAAGAAAUUCAAGAGCUAGUAGAAGGAGGGACGCUUCUUAUGUCACACAUUAAUACAGAUGUUGAUCUGCGCUUUUUUCCUGAUGCUCCGAAUCCCAAACUCAUGGGAACGGAACGUUGCCCUGAAGAGACAGCUAAUAUAUUAUCGAAAAUAACUUUUUGGUGGCUUAACAGCCUGAUCAUGAAAGGGUAUAGAAAACCCCUAGAAACACAAGACUUAUGGCUGCUAAGUGAACACAAUAAAUCAUCCAAAAUUGUUCCAAAGCUUCAACAGGAAUGGAAAAAAGAGCAAUCAAAAAGUAAAAAAUCAAAGAAAUACAAAGUCCAAACAGACACAGAAACAGCACAUCUUAACAUGGAAACAGAAGAAGUAGCUGUUACCUUUCCUAGCAGUUCUGAGAAAAACCGUUACCGCCCUUCACUAGUGAAAGCAUUAGUAAGGGUAUUUCUUCCCUUCUUUUCAAUUAGUAUCUUACUUAAAUUGGUCAGCGAUAUGCUUAUUUUUGUGCAACCACAACUGCUAAAGGUUCUAAUAGAACAUGCAGAAGAUAAAUCCAGUCCAGACUGGAAGGGUUAUGUUUACGUUCUGGCUAUGGUCUUGGUUGCUAUCAUCCAGUACACCUUCUCACAGCAUUCAAUUCAUGUGAUGUUUGUGGCAGGUAUGCGAGUGGGAAUAGCAAUCUUGGGGAUAGUCUAUUCCAAGGCUCUACAACUCUGUAAUAGUUCACGGAACUGUUCCACAGCUGGUGAAAUCCUCAACCUCAUGUCAGUUGACUCUCAGAGGCUAGUUCAGCUUGUAUAUUCACUAAACCAAGUGUGGUCGACACCUUUACAAGUGUGUAUAGCUAUAUACUUCCUAUACAUCACCAUGGGUGCCUCUACCUUAGCAGGCGUGGCUGUGCUAUUAUUGCUUAUUCCAAUAAAUAUUCUUGUUACUCGGUUUCAACGUCGAUUACAGGUUAAACAGCUGCAGUACAAAGAUGCUCGUGUGAAACUCAUUAGUGAAGCUCUCAGUGGAGUUAAGGUUCUCAAACUUUACGCAUGGGAAGAAUCUUUCAUUGAGAAGAUUUUGGAAGUUCGCCGACAAGAAAUACAAUACCAAAAACACAGCAUGUAUCUUACAUGUACGCUUUUCUUUUUCAACUCCUCUGCCCCGAUGCUGGUGUCUCUUGCCACAUUUUGUGUGUACACAUUAUCAGGGAACGAGCUGACAGCAACUAAAGCUUUUGUAGCGAUAUCUUUGUUUAAUAUUCUUCGCUUCCCGCUCUCUGUGUUCUCUAGAGUUGUUGGGAAUAUUAUACAGGCACAAGUUUCCCUUGCUCGGUUAAAUGACUUUUUGAAUUUAGAAGAGAAAGAUCCUGAGAAUGUCCUGCAUGUCAUGCCGGAACAUGUUCAUGCACAGGCAGUUCACGUGGAGAACGGAACCUUUUCUUGGGAACAAAAUGGUCAACCUGUAUUAGAAAACAUAAAUCUAAAUAUUACCAGUGGAUCGCUAGUAGCAGUAGUUGGACAAGUAGGCUGCGGCAAAUCUUCUCUAUUAUCAGCUUUACUGGGAGAAACAGAGAAAUUGGAUGGAAUGGUCUAUGUUAAGGGCACCACGGCAUAUGUUCCCCAGCAGGCCUGGAUUCAAAAUGCGACUGUGCAGGAAAACGUCCUGUUCGGUAAGAUGAUGGACACUAGACGGUACAAGGAGGUUAUCCGCGCAUGCGCCCUACAACCUGAUCUCAAGGUCCUGCCGGCAGGAGACUUGACAGAAAUUGGCGAGAAGGGCAUAAACUUAAGCGGAGGUCAAAAACAGCGCGUAAGCCUGGCACGAGCCGUGUACUUCAACGCUGAUGUCUAUUUGUUGGACGAUCCGUUGAGUGCUGUAGAUUCACACGUGGGAAAGCAUAUCUUUGAUAAAGUACUAGGGCCGACUGGACUCAUUCAAGACAAGACGCGUAUCCUCGUAACGCACAGAUUGCAAUACUUGCAGCAUUGCGACCAGAUAGUCGUACUACAGAAUGGGAAAAUAUCCGAGAUCGGUACGUACAAUGAACUGGUUGCUAAUCAAGGAGCUUUCGCUGAGUUUCUUAAUACUUAUAAAAAUGGUAACGGUAACGGUAAUGGCAAGGGAUUCGCUGGUACUGCAGGCAAACAUGAGGCUGACUCAAACGUAGGGAAAACACCUAGGAGCAGCCAAGCCAAGGCCGGCGCAAAUACCCUAAAACUUCCAGGGUUCAAAGAGGUCGAAUUGUCAGCUCGCAAAGUAACAAGCUUUCACCAUUUGAAUAUGAGUGGUUCUCACCAUGACAUUGGUCAGACUAGAGGAUCGCGCGCUAAAAGCGAAACAAACCUCGCUACCAACUUGACACAUAGGGAUCCUCUGUUGACACGUCGGCGAGAAACCCGAUCACCGCAGCACCACAGCAAGGCUAGUGUACCUCGAAUGGUCUUGUCAAUGGAGGGCCUUGUGUCGUGCCCCUGUGAGGCGGAUUUUGCUUCUAAUGUAUGUGAUUUAGGAGAGCUCGAGUCGAGUGAAGAUGACGUGGUAGUGAGUGCAGAUGCUAAGAAGGUGGAAGUGAAGGAGGACGAGGAGGAAGAAGAAGAGGGAGAAGAAGCUGAUGACAAAUCGAAACUAACUAGGAUUAGUCCCAGGAUGCGUGACGAGAAGAAGGGAUUAGGGCGGACAACGACUGUUGAACGAGCACAAACAGGACGGGUCAAAUGUUCUGACGUCCAGGCGUACUCCAAGGCUUUUGGCUUGGUCCUUUUCUUGGUCUGUCUGUUCCUUAUUUUCAUUUCCGAGGCUUUCAUUGUAUCAUCUCGUAUCUGGCUAGCCGACUGGAGCACGGCCAACAUCACGACUACUAAUACUCGAGACAUGUACAUUGGCGUGUACGGUGGCUUAGGGCUGAGCCAGGCUGUUGCUCUGCUAUUAGGAGGAUUCCUUCUUUCAAACGGUGCCACCAGAGCAUCUCGUGGACUCCACAACCAUCUUCUUCUAAACGUUCUACGUUCACCAAUGUCAUUUUUCGAGACCACCCCCCUGGGGAGGAUUGUUAACCGGUUUUCAAAGGACACGUACAUGAUUGAUGAUGGUAUACCGCGGACACUGAUGAUGUUUUUUCGAAUGUGUCUCGGCGUUGUUGGUACUAUCUUUGUCAUUAGUUACUCCACACCUCUAUUCCUGGCCUGUGUGGUUCCUCUUCUAGGUCUCUACAUUUUUGUUCAGCGAGUAUAUAUUGGAUCCUCUCGUCAGCUACGCAGAAUCGAGUCUGUGACCCGUUCCCCUGUCUACGGUCAUUUCUUUGAGACCAUCACUGGAACCAAUGUGAUACGAGCGUAUGCCCAACAGAAGCGAUUCCUAUUGGAUCACCACUACAAAGUGGAUGCGACACACAUGGCUAAUUAUCCUUAUAUUUGCUCCAAUAGAUGGUUAGGUCUUCGAUUAGAGUUCAUAGGUGCACUCAUUCUCCUAUUCGCUGCCUUAUUCGCUGUCCUAUACCGUGAUUCUCUUCCAGCUGGUCUGGUUGGGCUUUCCGUAGCCAUCGCAUUGCAGAUUACUGGAGUUUUAACGUGGUUGGUUCGGAUGUCCAGUGAAUUGGAAACGAAUAUUGUUGCUGUAGAACGAGUCAAGGAAUACUCCCAGACCCCGACCGAGGCACCCUGGAUCAUCCCUGGUUACCGUCCACCUUUAGAAUGGCCUCAAGAAGGAAAUAUUGAUGUAGAUGGUCUAGGACUGAGAUACAGAAAUGGUCAACCUUUUGUACUGCACAAUGUAUCUUGUCAAAUAGAUGGUGGAGAAAAGGUCGGUAUCGUUGGGCGUACGGGUGCUGGUAAAUCUACAUUGUCUAUGGCACUGUUUCGUAUUCUUGAAUGCAACAUGGGGAAAAUCAUUAUCGAUAACAUCGACAUAUCCAAGAUUGGUUUACAUGAUCUGCGCACGCGUAUCACCAUCAUACCACAGGAUCCUAUUUUGUUCUCUGGCACAAUUCGCAUGAAUCUUGAUCCUUUCAACCAUCAUGAUGAUGAAGAGCUGUGGCGUGUACUAGAGGUUGUCCAUCUUAAGUCGUACGUAUCUGGGCUGCAGGAUGGGCUGCAAUACACAGUACAAGAAGGUGGAGAUAACCUAAGUGUUGGUCAGUGUCAGCUUGUUUGCCUUGCCCGUGCACUCCUCCGAAAGAGCAAGAUUCUUGUUCUUGAUGAAGCAACAGCUGCCAUUGACAUGGAGACAGAUGAACUAAUCCAACAAACCAUACGGACAGAAUUUGCUGAUCAGACAGUACUUACUAUUGCACAUCGACUCAACACAAUUAUGGAUUAUGACAGAAUAAUGGUUCUAGAACAUGGAUCAGUAGUUGAAUUUGACACCCCAGCUGCACUGUUAACAAGAAAGAAAGUCUUCUAUGACAUGGCUAAAGAUGCAGGCCUUACAUUAUAAAUUCUCAGUAUACCUCUGAAUGUGUUCUUUGUGAUUGUGGACCAGAUUUCAUGGCUGAGAAAAAUCAUAUCAGAAGCUUUUUUUAACCAACAUAGGCUGAAUCAGUCUUAAAGCAAUGAAUGACAGUUUAUCCAUUUCGCUUCACAUAUCAUACUAUGUCAAAAAUCAUAAGAAAUCUGUCCUACACAAUAAUCCAUUCAAUGAAACUGCUUAAUAACAUUGAAUUAAAAAAGUCAUUAAUAAUUAAUGAAGGAAACACAAUAGAAAUCAUGACCAUGAAGGAGGUUUUAUAUCUGAUAUAGAAUCGUCUUCAUUUGCAUAAACUUUAACUUGGAU